AUGCCUGCACAUCAGCACCUGUGCCUCAUAGCAGCAGUGGCAGCAAUAACACCUGCGCGACCAAAAGUCGCCAUAGUGGGCGCAGGAGUCAGCGGCCUCAACUGCGCCCGAAAACUGCAGCCUAACUGCGACGUCACGGUCUUCGAGGCGUCCGACGGCGUCGGCGGGCGCGUACGAUCCGACCGCGAGCGCGGCUACGUCUUUGAUAGAGGUUUUGCGGUGUUCCUCGAGGCUUAUGAAGAAUCACGAGAAGCUUUGGACUACGACGCGCUGCGGUUGCGGCCCUUCCAGCCCGGUGCGCUCGUCUGUCGAGACAGCGAGCGGCAAUUUGUCGGCGAUCCGUUAAGGCGGCCGCAGGACCUCCUCCCGUCGCUGCGCGCGCCCGUGGGCUCGCUCGCCGACAAGCUCCGCGCCGGCGCCCUGCGCACGGGCUGCCUCGCGCUCGACGCCGCGGGGAUUAGGAAUGGUGCGUGGACGCAAAGCUCCACCAAUGCGCGGGACUUCCUCUCGGAUAAGGUAGGCGUCGGUCCGCGCCUCUUGGACGCCUUCUUCGAGCCGUUCUUCCGCGGCGUGUUUCUGUCGAGGCUCGAAGACCAGGAUCCGCGAGUGUGGUUGUUGGCCUUCCGGGCGCUCUCCGCGGCGCCGACGUCGCUGCCACAAGACGGCAUCGGCGCCGUGGCGGAGCAGCUCGCCGCCAGCGUGGACGUGCGAUUGAAUGCGAAGGUCGACGCCGUCCGUGAGGGUUCUAUCGACGUCAACGGCGAGACGCUCCAAUUCGACCGCGUCGUCGUCGCGGUCGACGGGCCCGCUCUGCCAAAGCUCCUUCCGGACCUAAAACCGGUCCAAGUGCGCGCGUCCACGUGCGUCUACUUCUCGCUCGAUGCAAGGGACCUGCCUACACAACUGCCGAUCAUUCUCUUGAUACCAGACGACGGUCCCCUGAACAACGUCUGCUUCCCGUCGAACGUGCAAUCGUCCUACGCGCCAGAAGGCCGGGCGCUCUGCUCCGCGACGAUUAUAGACUCACUCACAGAUGUACCUGACGACGUGGAAGCCGCGGCGAGAAGCCACCUCGCGACAUUGUUUCCGGACGCGAACGUCGGAAGCUGGACCUUCGAGCGUGUCUACCGCGUACCCUUCGCCCAGCCCCGACAGCAGCUGGACAAGCCUGAUCUAGAGGGCUCGCCUGCGUACUCGGACUCGAUAUACGUCUGCGGCGACCACCUCACGGACCCGUCGCUGAACGGCGCGCUCGCGUCGGGCCGCCGCGCGGCGGCCGCGUGCCUGAAGUCGUUAAGUGUUCGAGGUGGCGCGACGCCGCCGCUGCGCGACUACGCGACACGGUUUGAGGCGCCUUCUUCCGUGUCCUACGCGCCGAUCGGCGUCGUGCGGUCGCCCUACGUCGAACGCCACGGGACGCCGCGGCAGGCCACCGUUGGCAAUGACGAAUUGGGCGUGAUCGCGCUGAAUCCCGAGUUCCGCGGGUCGCUCAAGUCGCUGGACGGCUUCGACUACGUCUGGGUCCUCGCGCACAUGCACCUGCAAACUGGAAAAUUGCGGCGGUUCCAGAUCAAGCCGCCGCGCGGCGACGAGCGCCACGGCGUCUUUGCCACACGCGCGCCGCACCGCCCGUCGCCGAUCUCGCUGUCGGCGCUACGAUUGAUAGACGUAGACGAGGAAAAAUUGGAGCUCACCGUCCAGGGCCUGGAUCUGUUGGAUGGGACGCCGGUUUUGGAUAUCAAGCCGUACGUACCCUACUGCGACGCGUUCCCCGACGCUCGCGCGGGAUGGGUCGACGAGCUGGACGAAGAGGAUAGUAGAGACGAUAAUGUGUAAGUUGGUGUGGUAAG